AAGAGGAGGAGCAGGAAGAAGAAGAGGAAGUUAUUCGGCGGGUGAAUUUGGAUUUGUUGUUGUUAAGUUGGAGACGUCGUUGAGUUGACGAUGAUUCAGAGGGAUUUGUCUCCGUUCUCGGUGACCCCGGCUGCAGGUCUGCUGUCCAGGUGUGUCUCUAGAGGAACUUUAUCUCAGGAGGAGAUAGACUCUGCCUCCACACAGCUAAGCCCCACCUUCUCUUCCAACCUGCAUGAGGCUGAACAGCGAAUCAGAAUACAGAGACAGUUGGAUGAGCUGCGGCUCGAGGCGGAGCUUCUGCAGACGGAGAAGAGGAGUGCUGACGUGACACAUAGCUUCCACCUGACUCGCAGGUUCCACAUGUUGCAGGUAUUCUGUGGUCACCUGCAGGACGUUCUGAAGGACCAGAACAGUCUAAGACAGAGACUGAUGAGGCCGCUGGCUCGCACCAACCUGCCUGUCCAGGCUCACCUGCACAGGUUUGUCGUGGACUUGGUGUCGAUGCUGCUGGACUUCGUUAACACGCUGGAGGAGAAACUGAAUUCGGUCAGCUCCAGUCCAACCGCCAGAGACCACCUGGAUCAGCUGAACUCCUCCAUCGCCCAGUUACUGGCUCACGCCGCAGAGAUGGACGGUUUGUCCAAUCAGGUUCUCCGUUGGAAGCAGGUCCACAGCAGGAGCAGCAUGCUGAGUGAAAGCUCUGUGUGAUGUCCCCCUCCUCUCCUCCCCACUCUGCACCUCCUCCUCUUCCUCCUCCUCCCCACUCUUCACCUCCUCCUCUUCCUCCUCCUGCUCCUCUUCCUCCUUUAGUUGGAGGAAAUCAUCUAUGUGGAUACAGAAUCUUUAGUUUUGUCUGCAGUUACAGUUAUGAUCCAAUAAGUUCUGCGUUAUAUAUAAUUAUAUCUAUGUAUAAUAAAUACAUUAUUAUUAAUAAUUCAACAGUGUAGUGUUGUUGUCAAAUGGUGCAGACUCUCUUUUUGUAAUAAAAUAGAACUCUGUGUUGGAGGUUUUAUUGGGGGGGGUGGACGCGGUUUGAGAAAUGGACAUGUUUCACCACUAGGUGGAGGCAGACUAUUACAGGAGCGGAGUGCCCGUGAUUAUGUCAGAAGCUGCGACUAUGUUUCCGCAUACUGAAGUGAUAUCUGGUGUACACCAUUUCCAGUCCAAAGUUUGUGAUUCAUAAAAACAAACCUGAUGGUAAACUUUGACCCAGGGGUCGUACAUCAGGAGGGGACUCGGACAGUCAGGUGAUGAAUUAAAGCCAGAUGUUUAAUGAUGACUCAUCGUCAUCAUUCACACACGACAUUUUCAAAAGGCUGUGUGGGUGGCAUCAUGGUGAUCCUGUAUGCUUUUUAAUAUUUUUCUGACCUCUGUUACUUUAUCUCUCAAUCUAACUCAAAGCAUGCAAUAUGGGUGAUGUGCAAUAUAUGUUGUGUGGUUCUGCAUUGGUAUGUGCCUUUUUGUUUGAGUGGAUGUGGUUUUUUUCUGUUGUUUUUAUUUAUUUGAUUCAAGUGGAAACAACUGAAUGUUUGGCAGCACUUUAAGUCCAAGACAAAUUUCCCCAAGGGGAGAAUAAAGUGUAUGGUAUGGUAUCGUAAAUAUC